CUUAAAAACACGCAGAGCACCCACUACCAAACAAGAACGAUCACUUGUUACUGUUUUAUCCUAAAACCCUAACCCCCGAACUCCCCCAAAAUCUCCAAAACCCUACCAUGCCUUUUCUUCUUCUAUCGUCGUGAUUUUAUUCCAUCGACAGAAUCCAGAAAUGGAAGUCGAACCAUCCGAGGAAGAAUCCUCCAAAACAGUAGCAAAUUUAUUAAGCGAUAUAGCGAUAAAGGGUCCGUUACCAUCAUCAGUAGCUAAGUUAUCGGGGUCUUCUAGGGGCAUUCCUUCGGAGAAAGACUUCCAUUUCUACAAAAAUUUCAAUGAAUUCAAGACGCCCAUCAAAGAAAUUGACGAUAAAUCGAAAAGCUUGCUGGAGAGAAUUGGUGUUUCGUCGCAAUUGUGGGGGAAAGCGCUGGAAUUUCCGCGGAAUUUGGAUUUUGAUGAUAUUGAUGCGUAUGAUUGGUUGGUGAACAUCAAUGAUGAUGUUUUGGAGAAGCUUGAUGCCUCACUCGAUGAAUUUCGCGUAGGAAGAGGUGAGGAGAGUGGCUUUCAAGUGGUACAGGGGAGGAAGAAUAGGAGAGGAGUGACUAGUGGUAGUGAAGAAGCGGUCAGAGGAGUGCAGGUGGCUGUGAAGCCCAAGCCUAAAGUGCCAUUUCAUAUAGCAACGAUUCCGAGGCCUCAGGAUGAGUAUAAGUUUAUUGUGAAUAAUUCCAAUCAGCCCUUUGAGCAUGUUUGGUUGCAGAGGAGUGAGGAUGGUUCCCGUUUUGUUCAUCCUUUGGAGAAUCAUUCAUUCUUGGACUUUGUUGAUAGAAGUACCAGCAACGUCACACCUGUAAAACCUCAUCCACUAGAGUCUACGCCUUUCAUGCUUGUAGAAGAUGUCAAAGAUUUGAAGAAGUUAGCUGCCAAGUUGAAAGUUGCAGAUGAGUUCGCGGUUGAUCUGGAACAUAAUCAGUACCGCUCUUUUCAAGGACUUACAUGCCUAAUGCAAAUAUCUACCAGAAGUGAGGAUUUUGUGAUAGACACGCUUAAGCUUCGCAUUCAUGUUGGCCCAUAUUUGAGGGAAGCUUUUAAAGAUUCCAACAAGAAAAAGGUGAUGCAUGGAGCAGAUCGAGAUAUUAUAUGGCUUCAGCGGGACUUUGGCAUAUAUGUCUGCAACUUGUUUGACACUGGGCAGGCCUCAAGGGUAUUGAAAUUGGAAAGGAACAGUCUGGAAUAUUUGUUGCACCAUUUCUGUGGAGUUACUGCAAAUAAGGAAUACCAAAAAGCUGAUUGGAGACUACGCCCCCUUCCUCAUGAGAUGCUCAGAUAUGCGAGAGAAGAUACACACUACCUUCUGUAUAUCUAUGAUUUAGUGAGAAUGAAGCUACUAUCAGCAUCUAGUGAGACUGAAGAUGUCAAUCCUCCUUUCGAAGAGGUGUACAAGCGCAGUUACGAUGUCUGCAUGCAGCUUUAUGAGAAGGAGCUUUUGACCGAUCGUUCAUAUCUUCAUAUCUAUGGGUUACAGGGUGCUGAUCUUAAUGCUCAGCAGCUUGCUGUUGUUGCUGGUCUAUGUGAAUGGAGGGAUGUUGUAGCCCGUGCCGAAGAUGAGAGUACUGGCUAUGUAUUGCCAAACAAAACUCUUAUUGAAAUUGCCAAACAGAUGCCUCUCACGACUAGCAAAUUGAAGCGAUCAUUAAAAUCAAAGCAUCCAUAUAUCGAGCGGAAUCUUGGUUCUGUUUUAAGCAUCAUUAGGCACUCCAUGCAAAAUGCAGCUGCAUUUGAAGUUGCGGCUCAGCAGCUAAAAGAACAGCAUGUGGAAAGAGCAACUGAAAAUAUUUUAGUUGCUGAAGUAGAUGAAGUUUUGCCCUCUGAAGCUCCUGAGAUUUUGAAAACUGUUGGAGAUGCUGAAGGUGUUACUCUUGGGACUUUAUCAUCUAACACCAUGCUUGGGCAUUCAAUGGUUUCUGUACAGCAAGAAAACAAGUUGGUCGACCCAGGAUGUUCAACUGGAGGUAUUACAGCAAAUUCACAGGCAAUUCACAAGUCUCCUGGUGAAAGUGGAAGCAUAAAUAGUGCAGCUGAUAGUUACACUGCUGCCAUCCCAAGGGCAGCAGCCUGUGGUGCAUCUGAAUCUUCUGGAGAGGCUGGAGCCAGCAUUCAGGUUCUGAAGAAGCCAAGCCGUGGUUUUGGGGCCCUGCUAGGAGGUUCUACAAAAAGAAAGCUCCAUCCUGAUAUAAAGGAAGAUCAAAAGCUGGAAGAGAUCAAGUCCUCGGUGAACCUUCCAUUCCAUGCAUUUCCAAGCAGUGGUGAGCUGCUGCAGCCAGCUGCACAAGAACGUGCUGCACUAGUGGAUACUUUACACAAUGGACAACCUGUGUCAAAUAGUUCAAACUUGGAAGAUUUCAUAUUGCUGGGAGCUGGAUCUGAUGUUGAAUCAGGAGAUGAUGGCACUGAAGCUGUGAAUGUAGUGGUGGAUAAUAAGGAGGACAAUGCUGUAGGUUCUACCUUGGAUAUGGAAGAGGAAGAGGGAGAGGGAGAGGAUACUAUGUCUCUAUCUGAUUUGUCUUCAAGUUUCCAGAAGUGCCUUCCCUCAAUCAAUCGAGUGAGGGAUGGCAAACUUGUUGAGAAACCCCAAGAAAGUGCGGGCUUACUCCAGUUUAAGCCUUUUGACUACGAAGCAGCAAAGAAGCAGGUAAUUUUCAGGGAAGAUCCUAGUCCAAAGGCUGAGGAUAGUAGGAGUAGGCUUACCAAGGGAGAUAAGAAAUCACAGAAGGAAGAUGGGACAAGAGAUUUACCACAGGGUAGGAGGCGCCAGGCCUUUCCAGCGUCAGGAAAUCGAACUGCAACAUUCCGCUGAUUCUGGGCCUGGAGUGUCAGGUCAAAAUUGAUUAAUACUUCUCUCCAUUGUAAAGCAAUUGAAACCCAUGUAGUUUACUAGAUGAUUUAGUUGCUGGAAUUCGAUAUAAAAUUAUCUAUUAUCUAGAUUUCAAAUGCUGUGCCUAGUUUCAUUUGGUUUGUCAAGGAUACACAAGUACUUCUUGAUACAGGCAGGUGCUUUUAUGAGCAUUAGGCCAUCUUGUUCGUUAAGAAGUCGUUGACAUUUGAAAUAGUUUUCUGCGAGGUGCCACACUUCAUAAUGCAGGAAGUGCAGCAAUGUGUCUCGCAGUCCAUCUGAGCUUUGGGAAGAGUUGUGCUAGAGAUUUGAAGUCUGUCUAGUUACGCACUACUGGGUUAGAGAACUUGUCCUGUGUAACAGGCUAACAGCACAUAUUAUGGUGAACUGGGGUUGAAUGUAGAGGUGAAUUUGUAUCAGAAA